AUGCGCGAGAAACAUUAUUGCACGCUAUCUGAAAGAAGUAUCUUAGAAAGUGCUUUACCAAAACUACAUCCAAGCACAUCAAAAUGGCGUCGUUAUAUUCGUGAAGUUCGUAAAAUACUAUUGAUUUCCGAGCAUAACCCGCGAACAAAAGCGCGAUUUCGAAGUAGAGAAAGCGUUUUCACAGAGGCAAAGCGUCAUUUGAAAGAAUCCAAAGUUACAAUGCACCCAUUUAGCCUUUUGGCUAUGUAUAAAGAUAUCGUGAUGUUGAUUACUUGGUAUGUUUAUUUUUUCACUGCGACUCUUUACAUGACUUUACAUUGGGAAUCACGAGUAAAUUGCGCCAGAUAUAUUUUGUAUGCUUUAAAACCGAUUUUGGGGGUGCAUAUAGUGAUGAGUUUUUUUAUGGGAUUUUAUAAUGAAUCCGGUGAUUACGUGGAAGUUCGUCCGAAAGCAAUUGCGAUAAAUUACCUGUGUGGUUUUUUUAUUUUAGAUUUAUCACUUUUUAUAUGUCCCGAAGUGGGUCACAUUUAUCCCGAUCUGUUUGUGUACGAAGGAAUUUUACAUUUACUGAUCUUCUUUCAUAUUCCAUCGGUAACGAAAUGUUUGAGAGUGAUAACUUUGCUACUGGAUUUAGGAAACUCUGUACACGAAUUAACAUCUUUGGUGUCAACGUCUUUGAUGUUGAUUCAUUUUUUUUCGGUGUUGAUUUGUUGUUAUCCGGAAUUUCGAACGGGUUUUCAUACGAUGUCGAAUACUUCUUGGGUUAUGCUCGCGGGAGUGCCACCAAAAUCAAACAUUUGUGGAUUUCGGAAGUACCUGGUUUGUUUGCAUAAAGUUUGCGCCAUGUUUUUGGGACCAUGUAGUGGAAUGUGGAAUGUUCGCGAUUUGGAUGAAAUCAUUAUUUUUAUUAUAAUAAUUUUAACAGGGAUGUUUUAUAUGGCUUAUGUGACAGCUUUAGUUCUACAAAUGAGUUUAUCUAUACGAUCAUCAGGAAAUCUUUACAAACACAUUAUCUAUCAACUGACUUAUUAUUGCCGAGUAAAAAAGCUUCCUGAUACAAUAACAAAACGCGUCAACACGUUAUCUCAACACUUACAAUUGGAAUUAAAACUUCAUAAUUGUCGCAAAAUUUUAAGAUCGACUUGGUUAUUUCAAUCUUUAGCACCAUCCGUUGUUGGUCGUAUUAUCAUGCAAUUAGAAACAUUAAUAGUGCUUCCAAACGAUCUAAUUAAAGACCACAAAUCCCCCGAUUAUAUUUUCUUCAUCACAAGUGGAGAAGUUGCUAUUUACACGAAGGAUGGCAUGGAACUUUUACAUAUUUGCGAUGGUGAUUACUUCGGAGAAAUUUCCGUUUUAUCAAAUCUAAAUCUUUUAGAAUCGAGUGAAGUUAAUAAAAGUUUGAGUUAUGUCGCUGUUUAUAUCACGGAGCUUUUAGUAAUGCGCAAAGAAACUUUUAAACACCACGUGAUUCAACACCCCGAAGCAUUACAUCAAAUUAUUGAAAGAGCAAAGAUUCGGAAUUUACUUAAUCAAGAACGGAUCCAUAAGUUUAACGUGAAAACAAAAGGAGUUAGUCGCAAAGUGUUAAGCAGAGCUUUAAAAAGAAGAGCAUCAACUGCUGUGUAUAACUAUUCGUAA